CAAAAAUAGCCAGCACGAGUGGAGGGAGGGGAAUGAGAGUAUUAAGAGCGCCCAGAUUUCAAACAUUCUUGGCUGGCAGCACGUUCCCUUCCUGCCCCUGCCGCUCCAGAUGCGACACAGCCCUGGGAUCUCUCGCUCUCUGCCCAUGAAGAAGGAUUCUCUUCUUUCUAUUUUUUUUCCUCUUUUUCAGUUUUUCUUUCUUUAAGUUCCAGCUUUGAUACUACUAGAUAUACUUUUAUUAUUAUUAUUAUUUUCUUUCUCGUAGGAAACUUCAUCUGACGGAUAUAAAAGCAAGUGGAGAAUGCAGAUGGUCCUUGGAUGAGACACCGCUAAGAAAUGGUUCUACAGCUCCCAGCAGCCGCGUUUCUCGGAGCAGAGAGAACCCCCUCCGACCCCUGUGACAUGAGCAAAGCUUCUGGCAUUUAAACCCAGGAGGAUGUCCCUCAGUGACGAGCUGGAGAGCCACUUCUCCACCACCCCCUACAUGGUGACAGACACAAGUGAGGGCAGCGUGUUCAGAAUCAGGCCCAAUGUCUCCGCCAACGCCACCGGGGACGGCGCGUGGGCCGCAGGCUCCACGGAGGACAUGAUUGCCAUCUGCACCAUCGGGGCCAUCCUGUCGCUCAUGUGCGUGGUGGGGGUGACAGGCAACGUCUACACCCUGCUGGUGAUGUGCCACUACCUGCGCUCCUCUGCCUCCAUGUACAUCUACAUCAUCAACCUGGCGCUGGCCGACCUGCUCUACCUCCUCACCAUCCCCUUCAUCGUCGGGACCUACUUCAUUCAGAAGUGGUACUUUGGGGACGUUGGCUGUCGCAUCCUGUUCAGCCUGGACUUCCUCACCAUGCACGCCAGCAUCUUCACCCUCACAGUCAUGAGCACGGAGCGCUACUUUGCCGUGCUGAAGCCCCUGGACACGGUGAAGAGGUCCAAGAGCUACCGCAAGGCCAUUGCUGUGCUGAUCUGGCUGGUGUCCCUGCUGCUCACCCUGCCCAUGCUCAUCAUGAUCCAGCUGGUGCAAAGGGACAACAAAAGCAUCUGCCUGCCCACCUGGAGCAAGCUGUCCUACAAAGUCUAUCUCACCAUCCUUUUUGGCACCAGCAUCGUGGGCCCGGGGGUGGUCAUUGGCUACCUUUACAUCCGCCUGGCUAAGAUUUACUGGGUGUCCCAGACUGCUUCCUUCAAGCAGACCAAGAGGCUGCCCAACCAGAAGGUGCUCUAUUUAAUCUUCACCAUAGUGCUGGUCUUCUGGGCUUGCUUCUUGCCUUUCUGGAUAUGGCAGCUCCUCUUCCAGUAUUAUGAAUCCUUCCCUUUGUCUCCCAAGGUGAUGAAGAACAUUAAUUACUUGACAACCUGCCUGACCUACAGCAACAGCUGCAUCAACCCCUUCCUCUACACCCUGCUGACCAAAAACUACCGGGAGUACCUGAAGAACAGGCAGCGCUCCCUCAGCAGCAGCAGUGGGUACUUCCAGAGGAGGAAUCGUUUUCAGAGGAUUUCAGGGAGAUCCCUGUCCACGAGCAGCCAGCACUGCACAGAGACUUACGUCCUUGCUCACGCUCCUUUGGGAAACAGCAGUGCCUGAAGGUAAAAUCUAUCUCCAAGAACAAUCAAUACUGACUUCAAUGUUGCUUUGAUUUAAAGUGUACGUUGUGCAGGCGAAGCCCUGGCAGACCCAGAAUGUGAACACAUUUAGUCCAGAGGCUGUGCCGUGUGUCUGUUCUCAUUUCUCCAGUGCCACUGAUUUGAUGCUAGCAGCACUCAGCUGAACAGCUAUCUAAAUAGCCUUUCACUUUUUAUCUUUAUAUUUUAUAGUGUAUGUCUCCUCAAGUAGCCAUCAAUAAUGAAAGCCCGUAACAGGGCCAUGAUUUUUAAUAGUAUCAGCUGUCUCACAACGUUUUAAAUUAUGUUACCCCAUGAAUGGCUGUAGUUUGCUCUUUUUUUCUUUAGCAGCAGUGCUAAAUUUGUAGUUGUAUGAGGGCUGAAGACAAUGAAAUAAAGAAAAAGCAGCUGA